GUAAAUUGGAGAUGUUUGUUUAGCCACUUUAUCUCCAUGUGGCUGAAAGACAACAGAUGAGACCGGGCGCCGCAGGUGGGGUUGUACGAUGAAUGACUCCACUUUUUCGUUGGCAGAAGGUGUGGAUCGUAACAUCAAUGGAAGUGGUCCGUGGCUCCUGGCGGUCAUUAUGUCCCUCAUUAUUCUGGUGACAGCUUGUGGGAACAUCCUGUUGAUAGGGCUUGUGUUCGCCCACCGCUCAUUGCGCUGCACGUCAAACUGCUUCCUCGUGUCCCUCUUUCUAUCUGACUUGAUGGUAGCUCUGGUGGUGAUGCCACCUGCCAUGCUGAACGUGCUCUGCGGCACCUGGGUGCUCUCUCCCGGGUUCUGCCCGGUCUGGCUUUGCUUUGACGUCAUGUGCUGCAGCGCCUCCAUCCUGAACUUGUGUGUGAUCAGCCUGGACCGCUACCUUUUCAUUAUCUCUCCAUUGCGCUACAAGCAGCGCAUGACCCCUCCCCGGGCUUUGCUGCUCGUGGGCGGUGCCUGGGGAUUGGCAGCACUAACUUCCUUCCUGCCAAUAGAGAUGGACUGGCACAGUCUGGGCCGUAUGCAGGACCACUCCGGGAAUGGCAUGAUCAACACCACAGUCCCAUGGUUGAGCUCCUACUAUCCACCGUCAUACUUCCAGCUCUCCAACUCAGGCACACUGUCUUUACAAUGCCAUCUGCGAGUCACUCUGCCUUUUGCCUUGGUUGCCACUUUCCUCACUUUCUUCCUCCCUUCGACGGCCAUUUGUUUCACUUACUGCCGCAUCCUGCUGGCCGCAAGGAGGCAGGCACGUCAAGUAGAGGCUCUCACAUAUCCUCCAUACCCGCAACAUUCACCUGGAGAACCGUCCCGUCCUCCAUCACUCGGACACGCUGCUCAAGAAGUAGAUGACUACAGCCACCAGGAUCCUCCAGUAAUGCGCCAGGCUCCGCUUUCGGUAAACAGCGAACGGCGUCUGGCUCACAGGCAGGGGAAGAAGGCGCUGAAGGCUAGUCUGACACUGGGAGUGCUGUUGGGACUGUUCUUCAGUGCAUGGCUUCCCUUCUUCAUCACCAAUAUGGCACAGGCUGUGUGCGAGUGCGUGCCUCCUUCUCUGUUUGAUGCCAUUACUUGGCUAGGCUACUGUAACAGCACCAUGAACCCUAUUAUCUACCCACUUUUCAUGCGGGAUUUUAAGAGAGCCUUGGGGCGACUGUUGCCAUGCUGCUGUACCUCUCACAUCCCCAGACGUCCGUCUCCUCCACUCUCUCUUUCUCUGCGCAAUUCAGGAGAGCCUCAAUUACAGAUAGAGCCACCCUCGACUGCUUCCGAACCGCCACAGCCUCCUGCUACAGCCACAGACGCCGUAAACCUGCUUGAUGCCGAACACGCCGAGAUUCACCUGCCUUUACUUCUGCCCAACCAGGUAGAUACGCUAGACUGAGGGUGCUCCUGCUGAUAGACUGAGCAAAAAUACUACCAAACAAACAAACAAAAAAAACCACUGUGGACAUAUGAAUGCACAUACCUGACACACAAUAGGAAGAAAACAUGGCGGUAACAGAAGUGUUAACAUUCUAUUAAGGCCGCAUGUUGAAAUCAUCAUCCUUGCCAAAACUGUGUGGGGGCGGUGUUAAGACAACCAAACCAAGACAACAUCACGAUUUGAGGAUGAGCAUGCACAAAGCCUAUGAUGCAUUUAAAACUGAAUUACACAGGCAGCAACAAACCUAUUGCUACUAGCAUUGCCAUAACAACCACAACAACAGAUGGAAG